UGUCGGCGCUGUGCGACCCCCCGGGCGGCGCGAGCCCCCCCCAGACCCCCCCCCAGCGCCCAGGAGCUGUCGCAGGAGAUCAAGGCCUUCCUGAGCGGGCUGGACCCGGUGCAGGGCACUCCGCUGUCUCCGCCGGCGCACGCCCGCUGCGCCCUGCGGCUGCUGCGCUGCCUCCCGCCCGCCCGCCACGCCGCCCUGCACCACCUGCGCGGGCUCUUCGACGAGCAGGUCUGCGCCCACCUCCUGCAGCGGGAGGGCCCCCCGGGAGCCCCCAAGGCCGGGGCGGGCGCCGAGGUGGUGCAGGAGGUGCGGGGGGCGCUGGCCGAGUUCGUGGGCGCCAACCCCAAGGCGUGGGCGCCCGGCGUGGCCGCCUGGGCCAGCGAGCUCAUGGGGCAGCUGAGCAGCAAGUACGCCGGGCGGCCCGGGGUGCCCCCGGCCGCCAACCUCAACGAGCUGCUGCAGCUGUGGAUGGGCUGCCCGGCCACGCGGGCGCUCAUGGACAUCUACACCCAGUGCCUGUCGGCCAUGGUGGGCGGCUGCCCCGACGCCUGCGUGGACGCGCUGCUGGACACGUCGGUGCAGCACUCGCCGCACUUCGACUGGGUGGUCGCCCACAUCGGCUCCUCCUUCCCCGGCACCAUCAUCAGCCGGGUGCUCUCCUGCGGCCUCAAGGACUUCUGCGCCCACGGGGCCGCCCCCGGCGACGCGGCGUUCGCGGCGGGGCCGGCGGGGGCCGACAAGCGGGCGCCCAAGAUCGCGUCGGUGGUGGGCAUCCUGGGCCACCUGGCCUCGCGCCACGCGGGCUCCAUCAAGCAGGAGCUGCUGCGGAUGUUCCACGAGAGCCUGGGCUCGGGCAGGGAGCAGCACAAGGCCACGGUGCCCUUCCUGCUGCAGCUGGCGCUGAUGUCGCCGGCGCUGCUGGGCACCGUGUCGGCCGAGCUGGUGGACUCGCUGAAGCCGCCCGUGCUCAACCAGCUGCACCAGCACUUCUCGGCGCUGCCCCGCGACGAGCUGGAGCACGUGGUGGGCGUGGUGGUGCACCUCAUCUCCCAGACCUCGGCCGGCGCCUUCCGCAUCCUGCAGUUCCUGGUGGGCACGGCCAUGCCCGCCUCCGUCAUCACCUCGUCGCAGCCGGGCCCGCCGCUGCACGACGGGGUCCGCGAGGGCUGCGACCGCCUGGUGCAGCUGCUGCUGCUCAACCUGCAGAAGCUGGUGCACGGCCGGGGCGGC